AUGUUGCAAACCGCUAAAGGUAAAGUUGUUAAUACUACUGAUCCUUCAAAAAUUGAGAACACGAGAAUUUUGUUCGAUAACUGUUCCCAAUUAAGUUACAUAUCGCCAGAGUUAUGUGAAAAAUUGCAAUUAAAGGUUGUUGGUAAGCGUGAGAUUUGCAUCCGUAUUUUUGGUAAACAUUCGUUCAAAGAAACUUUAGAUAGGGUGCAGUUUUCAGUGAUCGGUUUAGAUGGAGAAAAAAUCAACGUUGAUUGUUAUGUGAGAAAUAUUUGUCAUCCUUUAACAGGACAGAAUUUUAACGAUUGUGUGAAGUAUAAACACUUGAAAGACUUACGUUUAGCUGACAUUCGGGGUGAGGAUGGGCCAGUUGCUUUAAAUUCAAAGGUUGGAUAUUUUGUAAGUGGGCGCAUAGGGUCAGGUGAAGGUAGUAGAAGUGCCGUCUUGGUAGCAAAUGUAUUGAAGAUUGGUGCUGAGUUUGUCCAAGAUAAGUUGGAUAAUCAGUUGGGAAAGUUUUGGUCCUUCGAAAACGCUGGUAUCGAGAAUCAACCAGCUGCUGAAAAUUUUUGUGAAAAUGUUAAAUUCAGCGCGCAGACUAAACGUUAUGAGGUGCGGCUGCCUUUUAAGGAUGAUCACGAUGUGCUCCCUUAUAAAUAUUGUGUUUCUUUAAAGAGACUUGGAUCAUUGAGGCAUGAAUUGAAAAAUAAUCCCAAAUUAUUGCGUAAUUAUAACAGUAUCCUCAAAGAACAGCUUGAAGAAGGUGUCAUUGAAAGAGUUACCAACAACGAUUGUGUCAAAAGACAAGUUCACUAUUUACCACACCGACCCGUCAUUCGUGAGGAUAAACCAAGCACCAAAGUACGCAUGGUAUUCGAUGCAAGCUCACAAUCGGUGGGACUGUCUUCAUUAAAAGAUGUUUUAGCCUUCAUUACUGAUAUCGAGAAGGCAUUUUUAGAAAUUAGUUUACAUUCAACCGAUCGUGAUUUUGUUCGCUUUAUUUGGUUUAAAGAUUUACCUAAUUUAUCAGAACAAAACAUUGAAACUGCAGAAAUUGGUAUUUAUAGAUUGAGUAGAGUAUUGUAUGGCGUAAGUCCGUCGUCAUUCCUCCUUAGUGCCACUCUUAUUAAGCAUGCUGAAUCAUUUAAUCAUGUUGAUCCUUUGUUUGUACAGAAGUUAUUGAGUUCACUUCACGUUGAUGAUCUAACUUCCGGUGGCGUUACUGUUAAUGCAGCACAUGAUUUUUACCAGAAAUGUAAACAACAUCUCGUUGAAGCAAAUUUCAAUCUGCAUAAAUUCUAUUCGAAUUCCGAAGAGUUGGAACAAUUAGUUACCAAACCCCAUGCUGCUCAUACCGGACAUGUUACCAAAGUUCUUGGUGUUUUGUGGGAUAAAAAGAAAGAUUCGCUCUUAUUCACAUUCGACGACAUUUUAUCGUUAGCGAAGGACAUACCGACAAAACGACAAUUGAUUAAAUUUACCGCUUCCAUUUAUGACCCUCUUGUUCUUAUUAACCCUAUUGUUGUGCGAUUAAAAACAUUGUUUCAAAAAAACUAUGUAGGUAAAAUUGGUUGGGACAUCGACUUGAGUGGACAGGUUUUGAACGAGUGGCUAGUUACGUACAAUGAUUUUAAAAGUUUUUUCUACGAACCGGUCACGAUACCUCGAUUGGAGGUGUAUGGUGCAGUGAUGUUAGCGAAGCUGGUGAAGUAUGUUCGUGAUGAGUUGAGUUUGGUUUAUGAUAUUUCUGUGACAUGGUGUUGCAUUGAUUCGUCUAUUGUUCUAUAUUGGAUUAAAAAUGUUAAUAAGAAGUAUGAGGUGGUUGUCGAACGGCGAGUUGGUAUCAUUCGUGAUUUAGUUUCACUGGACAGUUGGUUUCAUGUGGAGUCAAAGGCAAAUCCUGCGGAUAUUUUGUCGACAUGUUGUUUGGUUGAUGAUGCGACUUGUUUAAUUGUUGGUAACGACGAAUCAGCGGAGAGCACCGAAGAAGAAAUUGAUUUAAAAUUUAUGAACAUUGCACGAUAUUCUAAUUACACAUUACACAUUACGAAUUACCGCAUUGGUUUUACGAUUUUUUUGCAUAAUGGUUUGAAAGAAACACGUAAUGCCAUCAGAUCGAAAUUUGGAUUCCAAAAGCACCAAAUUACAUAA